GAAUCUGUGAACCAUAUGCUGAUAAUAGGAGGAAUGUUUCCCAUUCACUUCAGGACUAUACCAGAAAAAGAACCAACUACUUCAAAGCCAGUGUCACCAAAAUGUGAAGGGUUUAACUUCCGAGGUUUCCGUUGGGCCAGAGCUAUGAUACAUGCCAUCCAAGAGGUUAACAAUAGGCUAGAUAUUCUACCAAAUAUAACACUGGGUUAUCACAUCUAUGAUACCUGCUUUACAACAUCCAAAACUGUUGAAGGGACUUUGGCAUACUUGACUGGACAGAAUGAAACAAUGCCCAACUUCAGAUGCAGUGCUGGUGCACCUCUUGUAGCAAUCAUUGGAGCUGGUGGAUCAACAUUGACUAUUGCUUCUUCAAGAAUCGUAGGGCUCUAUUAUUUCCCUGAGGUUGGUUAUGCCUCUUCCUGCUCGGUUCUUUCAGACAAAUACCAGUUCCCUUCCUUUCUGCGCACUAUACCGAAUGAUAACCAUCAAUCACUGGCUAUGGCAGAACUUGUUCAACAUUUUGGUUGGGUAUGGAUAGGAACAAUAGCAGCAGAUGAUGACUAUGGAAAAUACGGAAUCAAGUAUUUUAAACAACAUGUAGAGAAAUCUGGAAUCUGCAUUGCCUUCUCUGAGACCAUUCCAAAAAUAUUUUCCAGGGAAAAAAUACUAGCAGUUGUGGAAACUAUAAAAGAAUCCACAGCAAAUAUCAUUGUAGUGUAUUCCUCUGAUAUUGAUCUCAGUCCCUUAAUGGAAGAAAUUGCACACAGUAAUAUUACUGGCAAAACCUGGAUUGCAAGUGAGGCCUGGAUUACAUCAGCACUAAUUGCUAAACCUGAAUAUUUUUCAUUCCUUGGUGGGACCAUUGGUUUUGGAGUACGGAGAGGUGACAUACCAGGAUUAAAAGACUUUCUGCUUGAUGUGCAUCCAGAUAAUGAUGCUAGUGAUGACUUGACUAUUGAGUUCUGGCAGACUGCUUUCAAUUGCACUUGGCCUAACAGCAGGGUGCCUUAUAAUACAGAUUUUAGAAUAAAUGUAACAGGUCGAGAGAGUGGAGUACAUCCUGUUUCUGAUCAGCUCUGUACUGGAAAGGAGAAACUAGAGGACAUAAAAAAUACCUACCUGGAUGUUUCAGAGCUCAGAAUAACAUACAAUGUCUAUAAAGCUGUGUUCACUGUGGCCCAUGCCCUUAACAAUUUAGACACCUGUGUAGAAGGAAGUGGACCAUUUCCAAAAAAAUCCUGUGCAAUUAUAUAUGAUUUUGAGCCCUGGCAGUUAAUGUACUAUCUGAAGAAUGUUAAAUUUACAACCUUUGACAAUGAGCUAGUAAAGAUAGAUGAGAAUGGAGAUGUGUCUGCGUCAUAUGACAUUAUAAACUGGCAGUUGAAUGAGACUGGAGAAAUCUCCUUUGUGAAGAUUGGAAUCUAUAAUGAUACAAAUGAUGGGCACGAGAUGAAGAUAUAUAAUAACGACUCCAUAUUCUGGAACACUCCAACAUUAAACCCUCCGCGUUCUGUGUGUACUGAAAAUUGCCAACCUGGUACUAGAAAGGGGAUCCGACAUGGGGUGCCUGCAUGCUGUUUUGUCUGUAUUCCAUGUGCAGAUGGAGAGAUAAGUAAUGAAACAGAUGCAAGAGAAUGCUUUCCAUGUCCUGAUGAUUACUGGUCCAAUACACUCAAGAAUGAAUGUGUGCUAAAGGAGGUGGAGUUUCUGGCUUAUGAUGAAGCUUUAGGGACCACACUGGUAGCUCUCUCUCUAUUUGGAGCUUGUAUUGUCCUUUCUGUGACCAUUGUUUAUAGGAUGCACAGGGACACUGCUCUUGUGAAAGCCAAUGGCCGAGGGUUGACCUUUCUCAUUCAGCUGUCUCUUGUCAUUACUUUGUUAACUUCCUUCUUCUUUGCUGGUAAACCAGAAGAAUGGUCAUGUCAGAUCCGCCAAGUGACUCUUGCCCUGGGGUUUUCUCUUUGCUUGUCCUGUAUACUGGGAAAAACGAUUGCACUCCUGUUAACAUAUAGAGGUAGCAAGUUGAAGGCUGCAGAGAAGCAUGACCAUAUAUCCAUGCAAUCUCUUCAUCAAAAACUUCUUGUGCUAAUCUCUAUGAUAAUUGAGGUGUGUAUUUGCACGGCCUAUCUCACAUGUAUACCUCCAUAUGUGUACAAAAAUAUGGAAUUCCAAAAUGUAAAGAUAAUUCUUGAGUGUAAUGAAGGCUCCAUAGAAUUUUUAUGUACUAUGUUUGGGUUUGAUGUAUUUCUUGCUGUAUUAUGCUUCAUCACUGCCUUCAUAGCUCGCAAGUUACCAGAUAAUUUCAAUGAAGCUAAAUUCAUCACUUUUGGAAUGCUGGUAUUCUUCAUAGUCUGGAUUUCUUUUGUUCCAGCCUACUUAAGCACAAGAGGGAAAUUCAAAGUCGUUGUUGAGAUAUUUGCAAUUUUGGCCUCAAGCUUUGGUUUGCUUGGUUGCAUAUUUCUGCCAAAAUGUUACAUUAUUUUAUUGAAGCCAGAAAGGAAUACAGAGGAAAUAAUCUCGGGCAAAGCCACCACUAAUGACAAGAGUGCUCCAUCCACCUCAGCCUCGUGCACCAGUGAGGUUACAAACAGUACCCUCUCCACAAUGGUACUUGAUGAGUAGUAGUAGGUUUUUUAGUCCUUGUUCUUCAGCAUUUACUGUGAUGAUGUGCUUUAUCUUCCUCAGUACUGACAGACAACUCCAGUGGAUUCUCAUGUAUCAUCAGAUUGCCAUUAUUUCCAGUGGAAGUUAUGGGUUCUGGUUCUCGAUGACACAACCAAAUUCACACCAUAUUACAUGUGCUGAGAAAAUAAUGCAGAUCAUCACUGGGGAGCUUUUAUGGUUGGAUUAUUGCUUUUCUGAUGAAUAAAUAGGGGUGUGUGCGGGGUGAGAGAGAGGGAAUGAGAGAAGCAUAUGUUCUUGGGGGAUAUUAAAUGCUUGUCUUUAGGGCUGUGUGAAACCUGCUCGCCCUGACUAUGUGUUUCAGCAAACGUUACCUUUAGGUAUGCUUGCCAACUUUCUAAUUGCAAAAAAACGAACACUAUGGCCACGCCCCUUCUCCGAGGCCCUGCAACUGCUCACUCCACCCCACCUCCCUCUGUGGCUUGCU